AAGUUUAACAGCUCGAGUCACAGACUUUUCCAGUCCUGUGAAGAACAUACAGGAACAGUGCUGGCAUCUUUUCAUUCACAACAUCAGCACAGAUCUCUCCUCCAUAAAGCAUCAUGGCAUGCAAUGUUCACAUAAACUCGUGUGCAAAGCUUCUGCUGCUGUUGGUCGUGUUGUGUGCGGCUCGCGCUUUUGCUGAAAGAACUAAAACACUCGACUUCGAUGUCAAACCUGGAGGAGUUGUGCAGACUUUCUCUGCUAAACUCAAAAAGUAUAAAUGCACCUUCACAUAUGCGUGUCAAGGAGGAACCAAUGAGCAAUGGCAAAUGAGCGUUGGACUAAGUGAUGAUGAGCAGAUGUUUUCCUGUUCAGUAUGGAGGCCUCAAGGGAAGUCCUACUUGUUUUUUACCCAGUUCAAAGCCGAGAUAAAAGGAGCCAAGAUUGAGUACGCCACUGCAUAUUCCCAGAUGGCCGUGGGUGGACAGAGGGAUGUUGCUUUGAAGGAAGAAGAGUACAUUGUAUCAGAGUCUUCAGUGACCCACAGAGAAGGGAAAUUCCAUUCUGAGCUUUCCAAGCUCACUGUCAUUGGUCGGACACGCCACGAUGAACUCUGAUUCGCCGAUCCGAAAGAGGAUUUAGAGGAUUUAUUUGACAGCUAUGGACACUCUGCCACUUAACUGCUCUCUGUCAUAAGUCAAGCAAAGGAAAUCAAACCACAGGAAGUUAUGAAAGAAAGAACUUCCUGUGAUAGAAAAUACUAGAGAUUUCCUCUAGAGGCAGCAUUAUGCCAGAUGCCAAGAACUGGACUGAUUGGUAGACGGAAAGUCUAUUAUUGGACAUGAGGGAAAUAAAACAGUACAUGCACAUUUAUUCAUAUAUGUGAGGUGAUAUGAAGGCUUUUUCAAAUUAAGUUCAGAGCAGUUGAUUGAUUUCUAUCUCUGGCAGCAUUUAUUGGUUUAGGGUUUCAGCCUGACUUUGACUUCAAACCUGCAAAUCUGAUUAUCAUGAGCGCAUUCAUGCUCAUACUUACUUUCUUAAGCUGGUGUAAUGGUACACUCAUAGAGAAUUUCCGCUUAAUCUUUGGGGUUUGUCAGAAUCCUUUGAUUAUUUCUGUGGUGGAGGAAAAGACAGAAAAUCGUGCUUUAUUCUGAUAGCUGAUGUACUGGAAUUUUUAAUAAAUCUGUUAUCAGAA